GCAAAGGCGGCUGCAGGUGGCUCUCCAGCUAGGCGGGAGCUCUGUCGCUCCCUGGAAGUGGCACGGGCGCCGUGGGAACCGAGUCAGGAAUGUGAUGGAGGCCAAGAGGGUCGCGGGAACCGGUCCCUAGCAUCUCUGCUGCGCAUGUGCAGUUCAUCUUCAUUGUUCGCUCCCGCGUCCCGCUGAGCGUGGAGGAAACCCUCAGAUCCUCGGGGUCUACGCUCCGCGCAGAGACCCGGUCCCCAGGACAGGCACGCCCACGGCUGCAGUUACCCAGAGCUUGCUCUUCAUGGACAACCAAGCCCUGACACAAAGACUGGAAAGAUGGCUCAGAGAGUGAAGUCCCCGAGGUGCAUGAGGACCUGAGUUCAGAUCUCCAGCGCCCAUGUUAAAAAGCCAGGGACCAGUGUUGUUUGAAGAUGUGUCUGUGGCCUUCACUCAGAAGGAGUGGCAGUUGCUGGAUGCUGCCCAGAGGCACCUGUACAGGGAGGUGAUGCUGGAGACCUACCGGCACCUACAAGCAGUGGGGCACAAUGUAACCAAACCUGAGCUGAUAUGCAAGCUGGAGCAAGGAGAAGGCCCUUGGGAACCGCCAGGCCACAGCCUCUCAGAAGUCCGGACGACUGAUACCAUGACAACAAAUGAAGAAAACGGAGGCAGAUAUUUGAGUCAAGUCUUUGUCAGCGAUGAAACACUGACUAAGAGAAGAAGCAAGGCUCUAAAAGAAAUCAUUCAUCUGGCCACAAACCCAGAGGUCUCAAGAGCGAUACGACAGAAGUGUCCCUCGAUGGAAGUGAGUUUGGAAACCAUCACAGGAUUAGUUACUGGUAGCAGAAACUAUGCAACAAAAAAGUUGGAUGGUUUGGGUGGGUCCAGGUCCCCUGAUACUAGGCGUGAAAGACCUUAUAUAGGAUGCAAAAACUGUGGAUGUGAUUUUAAGAAGAAAUCCCACAGUCCUAUGGAGCGCCCUACCCAACAACAGAAGACACUGCGUUUGGAGCAACUUCUUGAACAUAAAAAUUGUGGGAAGACCUCACACAGAAAGGCAGCCUCUGACGUAUACCAGACAGAUCUCACAGGACAGGAGCCCUCUCAAGAGAGCAAAUACAUCAAAGCCACUGUCCACAAGAUAAGGUUCCAGACUUUUCUAAGAACCCUGAGAGAAAGGAAGGCACAAGAGGCCAGCCAACAUGGAAAACCGUCGUGUGUGAAGUCAAAACAUGAACCUGCAGAAACUCAUAUAAGGGAGAAACUCCGUGGGUGUGGUAGGCUUGAGAAACCCUUUGAUGAGAAAACAGAUCUUGGCAGAUGUCAGAGAAGACAGCCAGGAGGAGAGUGGGGUGAAGGUAGUGUCAGUGAGAACGCCAUAAGAAGCUCACCUCGCCUCCAAAACGAGAAAGUUCACAUGGGAGAGAAAAUCUGUGGCCAUGGGAACUGUGAUGAAACCCUUUGUGGAAAGUCAUGCCUUACUCAGAACCAGAGAACUUGCAUAGCAGAAAAACCCAAGCACUCAGACAGCCAAACAGCCUUAAAGAUGUCGCAUCCAACCCUACAUCAGAGGAUCAGCACAAGGGAGAAAAACCCCAAAGCGGAUGUGUGUGAGAAGUCUCCGCCCCCCUCCCUCAAAGAAUCAAGAUGCACUCAACAUGGGAGAUCGUCCUUGGAGGAGAAACUGGAGUGUGAGGGAAAUGAGAAAUCGGACUGUAGUGAAAACCAGAGCCUUUGCAAAGAACAGAACGCCCACGAGUGCCGCAUGUGUGAGGAAGAUUGCUCCAAGACCUCAGGCCUUCCUCAACACCAGAGCUCAAACACAGGGCAAAAACCCUACGCAUGCAACGAAUGUAGCAAGUCCUUCCUGGUGAAGUCAAACCUCACGGAACACCAGAGAACUCACACCGGAGAGAAACCCUAUGAAUGUAAAGAGUGUGGAAAGUCAUUUUGCCAAAAAUAUGCCCUCACAGUACACCAGAGAACUCACACGGGAGAGAAACCGUAUAAAUGCAACGAAUGUGGGAAAACCUUCUGCGUAAAAUCCAACCUUACCCAACACCAAAGGACUCACACGGGAGAGAAGCCGUACAAAUGCAGCGAAUGCUGGAGGUCUUUCUGUGUCAAGUCCAACCUCGUCGUGCACCAGAGAACUCACACAGGAGAGAAACCCUACAAGUGUCUCGAGUGUGGGAAGACCUUCUAUGAGAAAUCCGCCCUCACAAAACAUCGGCGGAUUCACACAGGGGAAAAACCUUAUGAAUGCGAAGAAUGCAAAAAAAGUUUCAGCCAGAGGUCAGCCCUUACCAAGCACCAAAGAAAAACGCACAAGAAGAAAACACCCACUGGUAGCCUGCAAGGGCAGAAAUCUGAAUCUACCAGCGAAGCUCACUGAGCAGCAGUAAAACUGGAGAGCAAGAUGCUACCAUGGCAACGCGCGCCGAUGAGAACUCCGCCAACAGAUUAUACGUGAUAGAAGCUAGAGAAUUAAUGUAGGACUGAAAGCAUAAAAAUAUUUCAAACGUGAAUCCUUUCAACAGGUAUGCAACGUUGUUGAAGGAGAAAUAUAUGAUUUUAGUGAAUACGAAGAAAAAUGUCCUUGUGGAAAUAUUGUCUAACUGAAGGUUAUAUUUCAGAUGUGAUGCAGAACUCAUUACAGGACAGAUAACAGAGCACCAUCUGUUCUUCAGGCAGAAUGAAGCAGGGCUCUUUCAUAACAGUGAUGAGUGAGGGUUUACUGAUCCAGUUGUAACAAAGUCCUCGUUUGCCGGCCCAGCUUCACUCUUUUUGUCAUGUUCUCUCCAUUUCCUUCCUAGAAGUUUAAGUUUUUUCAAUCAUAAAAAGGACUUGACAGCGAUAAAGGAACAAAAGUGGAAAAGACCAAAAGUGGAGGUACAGGAAUCUAAGCCCUGGGUGUGAAAAGGUCCCAGGGACAGCUAAUGGAAAUGCCACAAACAAGAAUCUACUAAAGACGUGUGCGCAUGCGCUAUAGGGAUGCGUUAACCGCUAUGUCCAGGGGCCGGCAAGGGCUCAGCGGUAGAAAGCUCUUGAUCCACAUGCCUCAUGACCUCAGUUUGAUUCCUGCAACCCACGUAAAGGUGGAAUGAGAGAACUCACUCCACACAUUUGUCCUCUGAGCUCAAACAGGCACUGUGGCGUGCUCGCGCGCACACACACAUACACACACACACACACACACACACACACACACACACAUAUUAAGAAAAAUAAAAUUUUAAACAAAAACCCUAAAUCUAAUACUAGGUCAUUUGUAAUGAGAAGAGAAAGAGGAGGAAGAAGAACGAAAUGUAAAGUCAGUUGAAAAGAGGGAUUUGAAAGUUAGAAGAUAGAAAAAGUAUAUAUUUUUUAAUUAACCCAAUAAAGUGUGGCUUUGGAAUGGUGA